CUGGAGAGAACCUUUUCCGCCCACGGAGAUCACUCCCCUCCCUUGUCCCUUGUGCUGUACCAUAUGGACAGUGUACAUACAUACAUACUGUACCAUAGACUGUCCACCCAAGCCUAGUGUCGCCGCGUCCGGCUUCAUACCACUAUCUCAUCCGGAUUCUUUAUGAAAAGAAACUUUUCAGCAAAGGUGGCCAGCAUGGAGUGUCGAGCUCCCCCUAGCACCAAAACCGUGAGGCAUGCGAACGUCUGCAACGCCGCGGGACGGAGAACUGCCAUUCACUCUGGGGCGGUUCUGCUGACCGUAUGCGCUGACCAGCUCUCGCGGAGCCUCUGCACGAAUAGCACUAUCAGUCACGGGACGAAACCGGGCUGCCUUCGUAUCCCCAGGGCAUCCGGCGCAAGGACGUUCAAAAGCACCUCAGCCCAUAAGACGACCAACUUUGUGAAAGAGUUUCUAUCAUUCGCAGAACCACUUCCUACCAUCCCCCUGUAUGCCCCCUCAAAGUCUGGACGCAGCCGGGUUCCGGCUAUCAACUACGCGAACGAUAAGGCUACCGCAAAAGAGGAAAUGGCGGAAUUCCGCAGGCUGCUAGAACCCGACAACGCCGGCAGAACAGGCAGCCCAGAGGAAGUGUUCAACCAGCUGUGGAAACUCGUGAACAGAGCCAAGGAGGGAAGAUUUCGACUGUUUAUAGACCAUAGCCUGUGGCGGGAAGCCAUGCGGCUGGUUUCGUACGGCCCCCCGCACGUCGCUGGACCGCGGGUCACCGCCGUCUUUGAUUGGAAGCUUGAGAUGGGCGCCCCUGUCCUCAUGAAGGAUCUCGUCACCCUCCUGCGGACGACGUACGACGAGCGGAAAUCGGUGGCGGAUGUCGACCGCACGCUUGCGAAAUUGGACAACGCGCGGGCCCAGUUCAGCCCGACAAUGUUUGUGCAUAUCUUCUGGGGCCUGAUCAAGCAGAAAAAGUCGGGCGAGGUCGCUAGGUUCUUCGAACGGUACCUGGCCGAUGAUCGGAACCGGCUCAUGUGGCAGCCCGCAUUUUUCGAUAAGACCAUUGAUAUCUUGCUCAACACAUGGCAUCGGCACUACGACUCGGUGACGGCGGAGGAUUACAACGCCACGGAUCUGGCGGAACUUGAGACGCAUGUGGAGAAGGCGAUGCGCCAACUCCUCGUGCAGUAUUCUUCAGUCAUGGGCGACGGGAAGGUUUCUGCGAGGCACUACAAUAUACUGGCUAAGGUUCCCAUACUCAGUUUGCGGAACUACGAAAGCGCCGCGUUGUUCCUGCAGCGCAUGGAGGUGGAAGGUUUCGAGCCCGAUUGGGAAACGGUCGCACAUCUAGGCGAGCGGUUCAUCGCUGCAGAUAAUCAUCACGCCUUGGCCACGUUGUUGAAGGACGCGGCGAAACGGGGACUGGAAGGGAAUGAGAAUUUGGAUCCGCUGCGCUUCUGGCUGAAUUGUCGACAAGGCGAUAUCACCGAACUCAAGCAGUGGUUCAAGGACCGCCCCCAAUCCGUCCGUGUGCAGAUCCUCCUCAAACAACAGCGCGUCCUCACCCUCCUCUUCGAGCGCUUCAUCCGGGAAGAGCAACCCGCAGCCGCCCUCGAACUCGCCCAGCUCUUCGUCAGCAAACAAGUCUUCCCGCAACGCAUCCUCAGCCAGAUGCUUGUGCGCCAACUCCUCGCCCUCGACGACUACCACGAGGCCAACGCCUACAUGGACCUCCUUCUCCAAUCCUUCCCCUACCACCUCUCGAAAAGUCCCACCGACCGCCCCGUCACCAAGGAAAUGUUCUGGGACCUCAUCGAACAGGGCUUAGUCCGCAAAGACCUCCCCCGCGUUAUGCACCUCUACAACCGCCUCCGCGAACUCAAAGACAAACCCUCCCUACGGAAGGUCACACCCAUCCUCGAGUACGCAAUUCGCAACGGGUUCGAUAUGGAGGCUCACGCGAUCCUACAAAACCUACACUUAGACGGCCACCAGGCGGACACGUACGUGUACAUCCUCAUCAUCGAGCGGCUGGUCAAGCAGAAGAAAUGGGACGAUAUCAACGGCGUGCUGCAGCGGAUGGCGCGGAAGGGGAUUGAGCCCAACCAAUACGUGUUCAAUAUCGUGUGCCAGGGAUUGUUGCGCGAGGGCAUGCUGGAUCAGUAUGAGUACUUUAGGAGCAAGAUGGAGACGAAGGGCGUUGUACCGGAUAUGGUGAGCGCGAAUAUCGAGCUGACGGAGCAUGUCCGGGCGGGGAGGACGGAGGAGGCGUUGCGGAUGUGGGAGACGGUCAAGGAGAUAAAAUCGUAUGGUGAGGUCACGUUUACGAUUAUGGCGGGUCCGCUGUGGAGGCUCGGGCGCCACGAGGAAGUGGAACGGGUGUAUGAAGAGUUAUCGAAACGCCCCGACGCGACGCAGACCGUCUUCACCACCAUGAUGCGGGUCUACUCUCACCACGGCCGCGGCAGUGAUAGCGUCCUGCGCGUCUUCAAUGACAUGAAACGCCUCGAGAACAGACGGCACACCCCGCUCGUCGGAUACCACGCCUACCGCUCCGUCGUCCUCGCCCUCGUCGAAGAAAACAAGCUGGACUUGGCCGAAGAAUACGUCGACGAAGCCCUUGCAACUCUCCCCGCAAAAGAUCUGGUAAACACCGGUCUCGCCUCCCCGCUCCUCCGCGCGGUCGCCGAACAGACGGGCGACAUGGACGCCGUCAAACGACUGAUCAACAAAAUCACGGCGCAUCUGACUGUCCUCGACGGCUACCUCUUCGCCAACAUCAUCGCGGUGUACACCAGCGCCCGUGAGUUCGCCGAGGCCAUCCCGUGGGUGCAACGCGCGCGCUUCGAGGCCCAUGACGCGGGCACAAACGCGAACCUCAUGAACGCCGUGCUGGACUGGUACGCCAAACAAGGAAGAGCGGAGGACAUGGAGCGCGUGUAUGGCGAGAUGCGACGCGGGGUAUGGGCGGCUGAGGCUAACCGCCGCACCACCGUCGUCGCAAUCCCAGCAGCCGCGGAGGAACGGGUCCCACCCCCGCGCCCCGCGGCCGUCGAGUACAGAGCCAACAACCACACCUUCAACAUCUUCAUCGACGGCUACGGGUACGCCGGCGAAUGGCAGAACGCGCUGGAUCUGUUCACCAAAAUGCUCGUAUCCCCCGCCGACCCCAAAUCCGCCCGCGAGAACUUCGACCCCAGCCUCCCCCCCGCCCUCCGCGACGCCUACACCUCCCAACACUGGGGCGUCGACCACCGCACCGUCUCCCUCAUCCUCGACGCCCUCGGGUGGUCCGCCCAACUGACCCCGCUCGACACCACAUGGAAACAGCUGAAGAAACUCGCGUUCCCGUUUGACACGAACAAUUACACCUCCCGCCUCGAGGCCCUGAUGCGCUGCGGGAUGUUCGACGAGGUCGUGACCAUCCUCGCCCGCCCGCCACCCACCCUCACCAUGGACGCAAAGACCUUGCGCAAUGUGCUGUCCCUCGUCCCCGCGUGUGCCCGCGCCCGCAUCUCGGGGUCCGCCACCAGGAGCACGGCAGCAGACGCCAAACAAACCCUCCUGGAACGCCGCAUGGCCGACACGCUGUGGAAGCUGUACGCAAAGAAGUACCCCGCCCUGGUCCCGCCCGUGCGCGCCGGGCUCGGCUCGCAGAUGCGGAAACUCGGCCGCGUCGAGGCGGUCAUUGAGAGCAGUCGGGUGAGGAACGAGGGCGGGGCGGCGAGGGUUGCGAGGCGGGUGUUGGAGGAGGUGGGGAGGGAGGAGGUGGGGCGGUUGGGGAAGGAGGUUGGGUUGGAGUUUGCGGAGGGGGACGGGGAUGAGGUGGUGAGUGGGGAUGUGGCGAGUAGGGAGGCGAUGUGGGGGAUGUUGGGGACGGGCGUCGCGAGGGGGGUUGGCGGGGAGGGGAGUGGGGUUGGCGAGAAGGCGUAG